UUCUGAUUUCUUCCUUUAAACUUCUUUUAGCGUGCUGCACGUUUAGUGAGUAAAGCAAUCUUUGGAGCGUACACAAAUCGAGCCAUGGAUGUUUUGACGAGGCCGGCUGAAGAAUUCGGCAACGAUGAGACUCUGGAACAUUUGUGGGCGGCUAGGGCCAUGGAACAUAGCGACAUUUACUUUAACGUACUAUGCUCUGUAGACACAAGAUGGCUCCGACUGACUCCUCACGAUGAUCUAAUCUACACACACUUUAAACAAGAUUUCCCUGAUCUUAAUGUUUCCCUAAUCAAGGAAAAUGAAAUCAAGAACAGUGUCAAUAAAGUGAAAUGGCGUAUGUACUGUGAGAAGUUCAAAAACAUUGUCGAGGACUACAGCUUCGGAACUUUGCUAAGAGCAGACACCACGGGAGAUUACUCAGAACAGAACACAAUAUUAGUGCCCAGAGUACAGUUCUAUGCGAUAGAAAUAGCAAGGAAUCGGGAAGGACUAAACAACGAGGUGAAGAAGAAAUACAAAUGUGCAUCUAAAGCCAAUAUGGAAGCCCAGCGUCAGAGUGAAAUUGCAGCUUAAACUUAUGUAGGAGGUUACCUGCAAAACUCACGUCAGAUAUUAAUACAAUAAUAAUAAAAAAUAGCAUAUAAGACUUAACAAACAGCUCUGAAGUUAACAAUAUUAUCAAUAUCUAUGUUGGUGUGAAUCAUUCGUAAAAAUAUAAUGACUUCUCGCUGCUUAAUACAAAAAGGUCUUGCAAUAAAUAAAUAAACAAAUAAUUUCCGCUAAAGCAAAACAUAUGAUUAGGUUAUUUAUACAUUUUAUUUUGGGUGUCGUUAUAGAAGCAGCUACCAUUGAAAUUAAUCCUUCGAUUGUGGAUUCUUGGAAAUCUAUUGGAAUCUUGGAAUAAUGCCUGAGCUGUUCUUAAAAAAGUCCAUUUAAAGUAAUUAAUUAUUGCAUAUUUUGUUUUUAUUAUCAAGUAGACUUUUAUGUAUCAGAUAUUGCUAGAGGGAAAUAAAAUUCAUUAAUGUCCAGUAGUAAUGUACUUAUAGUCAGAUAAGCCAGCUAAGCUAAGCUUAAUAAAAUUAUUUGUAUAAUCUGCCAUUAUUCUAAUGAAACAUAGAAUUUUACUUUUUUUUCAUAAGGUAUUAAGAAUAUAAAAGUUGAAUAACUGUAACUCCCUUCAGGCAGAUUUUCCUGUCACGCUGACCGUCGGCGCCGAUACCGAAAUGUAUGAAAUAUAAGCGCAGACCGCUACGCGUUAUUAAAAAACGCUUUCUACAAUUUCAUUCAUCUCGGGCCAUCAGCGCCGACGGUGCGCGCGCAGUCAGCGUGACAGGAAAAUCAACCAUAUAGAUUAAGUUCUGUAGAAUAUGCCAUACUCAAACCAUAUAUUAAAUUACUAUGUUAAAAAUAGUAAGUCACACACUCUCAUGUUUCACAAGCCAAUGUCCCUUUACUGUAAAAUAGCUUUAGUAGUUUUAUAUUACUUGAGCAGGAGGGAAUAAGGUGCUCAAUUUAUUAUGUUUUGAUAAUAAAUGUUGAAAAUUUUA